UUCUAUUUCUCUCAUUUUUCUAUAUAUGACAUUAUUUUGACAUUAAUUGUCAAAGUUACGUAUAGCCUGUUAAAAAAAAAGAAAAAUGGCAGCCGCUGGACCUGCAAGAAAUGGAUUAACCGGCCUUCUUAAACAGGGAUGGAAUGAAAUUCCAGAUGUCGUAGGUGGUUCUGUAUUAGCUGUUGUCGGUUUGGUACUUGGUACUAUAGGAGUCUCAAGAUACUAUAGUCUGGAUAUGGAUAAUCGUAAAUAUAAAAUUGGCUUUGUUGUUAUGAGACCAGAAGAUCCAAAAGCAGCAAAAGUUCAUAAAGAUUAGAUGAAUUAUUAAAGUAGAAAAUAUUGGAAUAAAUGAAAUUAUUGUUAAAUUAAA